AUGCCAAAAUCCUUAGUGAAAUAUGAAGAGAUCAAGAUGACGGACGAAUGUGAACCAUUUGUUCUGAGUGAAGAGCAAACGGUCAAAUAUGAGAUCAAAGGCGAUGCUUUUCGAGAAGACGUGGUCGUGCUUCGUGCUCUCGCCAUUUUGUCCGUUCUCUGUUUUCAUCUUUGGCCAGACACCUUUCGAUAUGGAUAUCUUGGUGUCGACGUUUUUUUCGUGAUCUCUGGCUUUCUGAUGAUGAGAAUUUUGAAACGCUCAAAGGAAGAGCCAUUUCAACUUUUUUCGAAUUUCUACAUAAGAAGAGCGCGAAGAAUCGUUCCACUCUAUUAUUUUGUCAUGCUGCUCACAGGCCUCACAAUGACUUUCCUUUACACACACAUCUACAAGGAACGCUAUUUUGCAUAUUAUACGGGAGCCCUGCUUUUCAUCACUAAUUUCAAAGUUCAACCGGCAGGCGAUUAUUUCAACAGACGAACAACAAAUAUUCCAUUUCUACAUACGUGGUCACUCGGUGUCGAAAUGCAAUUCUACGCGGUGGCCCCAUUUUUCUUCUAUUUAGCAAAGUUUGGAGAGAAGGCAAGACUCUGUCACCUUGUUUUUGCCGGAUGUUUUCUGUGUUCGUUGUAUUUUCAAUUGAUUUCAGAAGCAAAGACCUCAUUCUAUCAUCCGAUGACUCGGUUAUGGCAGUUCUUGUGUGGCAUGUUGACCACAUUGUGCUUAGAGAAACGGAAAUCUUUGCCUGCAACGACGUCAAAUAGCUUCUCAAGCGUUUUUCUUUUGAUUGUCAUUCUAUCAAUGUUUUCUCGGCUCGUGAAUCAAGCAUUUUCACCCAAUCUUCUACGAAUCCUCAUCACAAUAUCGUCGUCAUCGUUUAUUUAUUUUGCAACGUAUAGCACAAUCUCAUGGUCUCAACUCCGUCUUAAUCACAUUGCCAGAAUCUCAUAUGCUCUUUAUUUGGUGCAUUUCCCAGUGAUUCGUUUCGCUGAAUAUAUAGAGCCAGUUUACGAGUUAAACAGCACGUUUGUUCCAUUUGCCACAAUUCUCCCAAUUUUUGUUAUCAGUGAGAUUGUGCACCAAUAUGUCGAGAGUCCAUUACUUCGAGCAAAAAAUUCCAAAAUUUUCCGGAAGAGUCUGAAAUAUUUUCUUCUAUGUUUGUUGAUUCAAUGGAAAUGGGAAGUCGUCAUGCCAUACGGCUGGGAGUCUGCCUCAGCAGUGGCUGCAAACGUUGAAUACCGGACAAUGUAUUCUCGAUUGGAAGGAGGACAUUUCACGAACGAUUCAUUUUAUUAUUUAGUCGAGAAGCCGCGUCCACCAUUUGGUCAUUACGUCUAUGAGGGAAACACCGGCAAACUCAAGAUUGUGGUCUUCGGGAACUCAUGGGCAGCACAACAGGCACAUGUAAUUCGAAACAUUUUCCCUGGAUCGAUGACCGCCGAGUUUCAUGUCUUUUCACAACACACUUGUGCUUUUGGCAUUCACAAUGGAGAAGAUGUCAUAAAAAUGCAAACGCCCUUUUUAAUGGAGUUUCUCAAGAAUCUACAACCAAACUAUGUUUUCUUUCUCUUGAGAUAUCACGACUUUUUUCUGGAUGAUUUGAAGCCUUUCAAGGGAUCCGACGAUACAAUAGUCGAGUUUUACUGGCAAGGAAUCAAAAACAUCAGCAAAUUGGCCAAAUAUGUUUUUAUCGAAGGCCAUCAACCCUUUGAGUGUGGAUAUCUGACUCGUGGUGAUGACGGUUACGCUCGUUUUUUAGACGCCUUAGAAAGAGGGGAAGAUUUGCAAAAGUUCAAUCAGCCAAUCAACCUAACAGCUUAUUACACUCAUGCAGUCUAUCAACGGUUAAAGAUCAUUCUGGAAAGGUGUUCAAACUGUCAUCUCCUCGAUUUCAGCGCUACUUUUAUUGAUUUCAAGAAAAACCUACUGUUGACCUAUGAUCCGAAUACGAAGUUUAUUUACAUGGACAAUAGCUGUCACUUGACAGAAGCUGGAAUUAAAAUGCUUGAGAAGCCAUUUCGAGAAGCUAUCAAAUACGCACUGGAACAUUCAGAAGCAGAGCUGGGGCUAAAUGCCACUGGACCUCGUCCUCUUUUCCCCGGCCAGGGUCCAUCCUUGGUUUGGGGUGCCGGAAAUGGACCAGCUCUU